AUGGAUGAAGACAAGCACGAAAAUGGUGGCGAGCUAGACGGGGACGACGCCACGGAGGACGAGCUGGAAGAUGGGGAGCUCGAUGAGGAGGAAGAGGAAGGAGAGGACGUGCUUGAAGAAGCAGACGCUAGCCAGGAAGAGAUUGAGGAGAUGGAAAAGGAGCUGGAUGAGGCUGGAAAGAAGGAGCUCGACGUGAAAGGCAUCAAGCAGAAAAGAAAGAUCAAGGAGAAAAAUGCUAUCGGUCCGUAUUUACUACGCCGUACAAAGGCCGGCGUCGAACGCGAGCUGAACCUGCCGAACAAACAGGAACAGGUCCUGUUUUGUGAACUGACGACAGAGCAGCGGGCCCUAUAUGUGGAAUUUUUGCACAGCCGCGCCUGCCAAAGGAUGAUUGAAGCCAAGAACACCUUUCUGCCCUUUGCCGGGAUUACGAUUCUUCGAAAGUUGUGCAACCAUCCGCAUCUUAUUGGGAAUGCGUUUGCCGGCGCCAGAACCUUUGCGGAAUCCACAGCCUCCAAGGCGUUUGGUCAUCCCUCGUUGAGCGGAAAGUUGGAAGUGACGAGGCGACUGUUGGCACUGUGGAAAAAGCAGGGCAGCAAUAAGGUUCUCCUCUUCUCGCAAAGCAGGGUGAUGCUCGACGUCAUCGAGGCGAUGCUCUUGCGUGAUGGGCACACCUACUUGAGAAUGGAUGGAAGUACGCCAAUCUCGGCUCGCGAUGCCCAACGGGUGCUCACAAAGAAAGCACAGCAAAGAUUGGAAUUGAGCACCACUGAUAUUCGCGAUCUGUUCACGCUAUGUGACGACAAGGAAGAACGAACGGGCAGGGCUGAAAAGAAGAAGGCGAAGAGGGAAGAGAAGCUGGCUUUCAACCAACGAUCCGACCGCUUCGACCAACUCGUUUCGGCCGAAAGCGGCGCACGGAAGAAGGAACCGGCUGAUGCAGAUGUGCCCGAGGAUGAGGAGAGCCUCCCGACACUGACGGACGAUCAACGAGCCGCCCUGGUUCAUGAAGCGGCAACGAGUGAUCCUACUAUCGUGCCGGAAAAAUGCGAACGAUCGGCACGCCCUGCGGACUCAGCCGAGCUUUUUGAUGGGAAAUAUCAGAUUCCUUAUUUGGUCAAGCAUACGAAGGCCCGGCGCGAUCGAAAGAGGGAGGAAGAAGAAAAGGCUGCGAAGACCGAAGACGGCGUGAUGGCUUUCCUCUUGAAGCGAGGUGUACGAGAAGCGCUAAAUCAUGACGCUGUCCUCGGAUACACGGAGCGAAAAAAGGUGGAAGAACACGAGAGGCGCGCACGCGGAUUGAUUGGCGAAAAAGAGAAAAAGGAAAAGGCAGCGGAAGAAGCGGCCGCAAAAUUGAAAAAGAGGGAAGUGGACAAGCCACCUACCGCCGGGCAAAGCUUUCUGGCUGCCGCUGGUUCUCGUUUCUUGGCUCGACCGGGUGGAUCACAGAAUGAUCUCCUCUCCGCUGUGCGGAAGCGGAAGUCACAGGAGCAACGCGAGGUCGAGAAAUGUCUACCGCCACGU